GACUUCUCUCAUUCACUGUCUGAGACGUCAACAGCACAAGGACAGUCCCUAGUGUGAUACCCACAUCCAUGGAGACAUGAUGUGUUGGCCGCUCAUGUUCGUAUGUUGGUGCUCCAGCAUCCUAGCAGUGACCAGCUGCAUCAGAGUUGAUGGAUACUCCUGUGUGACUGCCUAUUGGGACACAAUUACUUGUGUCUUGAACAUCACUGGUAAUCCCGUGGGACAGGCCAACGCCACCUACAGCCUGAAAUUCAUUGACAAUCAAGAAGAAGAAAAUAUUUCCUGCCCACUUGUGGUGACGAAUCAAAGUUACAGCUGUGUCUGUAAGAUCCUGAAGGACUCCAAUAUUUUUUCAGGAUUUGAGGAAUAUGACUUGAAACUUUGUUAUGAAUCUGGCUGUUAUUCUUUAACAGAGACGCCUUUUCAACCAACUAAGUACAUUGAGCUGACACCCCCGCAUCCAGCUGAGAUCCAAAAAACCCUAAAUACUUUUAACAUCACUUGGAAAAGUGGGUAUGAGCACCAUUGGUACUUACACGAUAGCCUUGACUACGAACUCUUACUUCAAACAUCUCAAGGCACUGAGAACAAUAUUCUUCGUUCCAAUUCAAUCGAGAGGUAUGCACUGAUCCAGAGGUCAACACUUAAACCAAAUGCUGCAUAUUGCAUUAAAGUGAGAUCUAUACCUAACAGUGAUGACUAUAACGCAACUUGGAGUAAAUGGAGUCCAUCAAGAUGUUGGAAAAAUGAAGUAGCAGAAGAAAAAGAUUACAUAUUAGUCAUUUUGAUCAAAUCUUUGGGUCCAGUGUGUGUGGCUGUUGGAGUCCUGCUGUUAGUAUUCUACAGUCCCGCUGCAAGACUGAAGAUAAAAACUCUGUCCCAGACACCAUCGCCUGCACCUUUUUUCCAACCUCUAUUUCAACAACACGACGGCAAUCUCAAGAAAUGGCUUUCACCUCAACAACAAUUUGUGCUUACAUUCAAAACUGAGGAGACCUUGACAACCAAUCCUGUGAUUGUUGUGCCGAAACCCAUUACAAAGGAACCAGAGGAGAACCAGGACUUCCACAACCCGCCAGUACCACAACUGGCAUUCCAUCAGUCUCAAACUUCUUAUGUUGGCUUACCUGGGAUACAUGAGGCUUCCCCGCCCUUAACAAUGCUCUGUCCAGGGGACAUGUCUUACACUCAGCUCCCUUGCUCUGACUGGGGGAUUGGCAUUGAAGAAGUAAAAGUUGUCUGCGCUCCGCCUGAAGAUUUCUUCAACAUGAGUUGUGCAGACUCAGGCUGCAGCUGUGAGGACCUGACCCAAAACCCAGAGUGCAGUUUAACAAAUGACCCUGUUGAUGACAGUCCACCACCAUGUUACUGUAAUGAUUACUGCAUUCUUAACAAAACCGCAGAAGGUUUUGCUCCUGUGUUUGUUUUCAAAGGAAGCAACCUAAAUGUUCCAUCUGAUUCUUUGCAGGAGUGCGAGAGCUAAAAAUAAGAAGUGAUCCUGUUGGUUGUUUGGAGAAUGCAAAAUUUACAUUAUCACUGGUCUCAAAGGCUGUAUAUUGCAUUGCAGGAAAAGGUCAAAAUCAGACAAUGCUUGCAUGCUAACACGCACAAGUACUGUAUGUUAAGUGUUCCAGAUAACACUUUUUAUCACUUGAACUUCCUAUAACAUCUACAGCAUGAACCAUUUAAAUGUACCUCAUUACCUUUCUUUUUAUGAAGCAAACAUUAACUCAACACAUUUGCAAUAUUGACAGCAGAAUGUGAUGACAUGUGAAUGUGCGUUAUUUUCACAUCAGCUUUCUAUUAAAUGUUGUUUUUGUAAUGCUUAGCCUAAUGUUUUUUAGUUAUGUACUUUGCCUUCAAGUUUUAUAUGAAGUAAGUGAUCUCAGAGUUUAAAAAUCCAACAAAGUCAAAUGAGUAGCUUUGUUUUACUGGCUUGAGAGAGAUGUUUAUAGUUAUUUGCUGGACCAGCAUCCAUUUUUAAUGCUUGCACUGUUGGUGUUGAUCAACUAAAAACAUACUGGCUGGGUGAGGCCUGUUGACAAUGUUCUUUAAAUGAAUAGAAUAGAUCAAUUGCUCAGGAGGAUCAAUAAAGAAUAAU